GUUCACCUCCACAGAGAAGGCACUCAGAGGAAACGUCCUCUUAGUAAGCUCUCUUGCCCUUACUCUCUCCACCUUCACAUUCUCUCUCCAGCAGUCAUGAGCAGGCACCACAGAACCAGCUACUCAACCAGGAGUAGUAGUGGCUACGGAAGUGGUCUCAUAAGGAAUUUCUCCAGCCAGUCCUAUACUGCACCCAGCAGCACCAGAGUGAGCUACAGUGGUGGCUAUCGCCAGGCUGGCAUUGGUAGUGGCUUUGGCUUUGGCAGUGGUUCUGGUAGCUUUGGCGGUGGUUCUGGAAGCUUUGGCAGUGGCAUUGUUGCUAGCUCAGGCUUCAGCCUCGGCAGCAGUGGUGGAAGUUUUGGAGCAGGCUAUGGUGUUGGUACAGGUAUUGGAGCUGGCUUGAGUGCAGGUAGUGGCUAUGGUGCAGGCAUUGGCUAUGGUGCAGGUGCAGGUGCUGGUUUUGGUUUAGGAGGAGGAGCAGGUGCAGGUGCAGGAGGUUUUGGCAUCCCUGGAGGUUUUGGGCCACCCCCAAUCACUGCUGUCACGGUCAACCAAAGCCUCCUUGCACCCCUUAACUUGGAGAUUGACCCCAACAUUCAGAUCGUCCGCACACAAGAAAAAGAGGAGAUCAAGACACUCAACAACCGCUUUGCUUCCUUUAUUGACAAGGUGCGUUACCUGGAGCAACAGAACAAGAUGUUGGAGACCAAGUGGAAUCUUCUUCAAGAACAGACCACAGCACGUUCCAACAUUGAUGCCAUGUUUGAGACCUACAUUUCUAACCUGCGCAGACAGAUGGAUGGCCUUGGAAGUGAGAAGAUUAAGCUGGAGGGAGACCUGAAGAACAUGCAGAGUCUGGUGGAGGACUUCAAAAACAAGUAUGAGGAUGAAAUCAACAAGCGUGCUGCUGCAGAGAAUGAAUUUGUUGUCCUGAAGAAGGAUGUCGAUGGAGCCUACAUGCAAAAGAUUGAGCUCGAAAAUAAAGUUGAUGCACUUCAGGAUGAGAUCAACUUUCUCAGAGCUGUGUAUGAUGCGGAGCUGCAGGAGCUUCAGGGACAAAUCAAGGACACAUCAGUUGUUGUCGAGAUGGACAACAGUCGCAUCCUGGACAUGGAUGCCAUUUUGGCUGAGGUCCGUUCUCAGUAUGAGGACAUUGCCAAUCGCAGUCGUGCUGAGGCCGAGUCGUGGUACAAGCAGAAGUUUGAGGAAAUGCAGACAUCUGCUGGCAUCUAUGGUGCUGACCUUCGCAACACCAAAGCUGAGCUUGCAGAUCUCAACCGCAUGAUCACACGACUCCAGAAUGAAAUUGAAUCAGUCAAGGGACAGCGUGUCAGCUUGGAGUCACAGAUUGCUGAGGCUGAGCAACGAGGCGAAGUGGCAGUGAAGGAUGCUAAACAACGUCUUAGGGAACUAGAAGAUGCUCUGCAGAGAGCUAAGCAGGACAUGGCCCAACAAGUGCGUGAAUACCAGGAGCUCAUGAAUGUCAAACUGGCACUGGACAUUGAAAUUGCCACCUACAGAAAACUCCUGGAAGGAGAGGAAUCCAGGAUUGCCUCUGGUGGAGGAUCUGCAACAGUCCACAUUCAGGAAACCAUCACUGGCGGUGGUUCUGGAUAUGGUGGUGGUUUCGGUGGCGGAUCGGGUGGCGGUUUCGGCAUCGGUAUAGGCAGUGGUUUGGGUGGCGGAUUGAGUGGUGGUUUGGGUGGCGGAUUGAGUGGUGGUUUCGGUGGCGGAUUGAGUGGUGGUUUGGGUGUCGGUCUGGGAUACGGGGGAAGUUCUGGCAUUGCACUUGGUGGUGGCGGUGGCACCUUUGGUUCCGGCAUUGGCUUUGGAGGUAGCUCUGGAAUAAGUUUGGUCGGAGGCGGUGGUGGAUAUUCCAUGUCUCGUUCCUCUACAGUGUCCAAAUCCAUGCGCCGCUAAGCAUCCUGUGUCCAUGCAGUCCAUCCAGGUCUACCUCCGGAUAUACCCUUUACUGAAUUGCCUUGGGGAACCAAAAAAUUGUAAAAAAAAAAAAAAAAAAAGCCAUAACAUCGCCAUCUGUCAUUCAGAACCCCUUUCCUUACCAUUACCACAACUCAUCCCCAUUUAUCCCUUCUAUGUCCAGCUCACACUAUAGUUAUUUAAAGAGCAUCUAUUGACCUGCAUCAAAUGAAUAAA